AUGGCGUGCACUCCCCUGCUGAGCGAAGAGGACCUGUACCGGUUCCGCACGAAGCAGUGCCUGCGGCUUGCCAAGGGGGGGUGCGAAUUCGGGCUGGACCGAUGCCAGUACAGUCAUAGCGCAGAGUGGAUCAGGAGGUGCCCGUACUACAUUUCCCUUCCGUCCUACCUGAGGUACAUCCCUGUGGCAUGUCCCUUUUUUACGAAAAAGGGAAAACAAACUGACCAGGAUGAAGAAGAAAGAAAUACCAUUUUCAGAAACUCCCUAUUCCUCACAAACAAGGAUGGAAGUGUGAACAAUAAUUUUUACAAAUAUAUAGAAGAGAAAAAUCAGAGCAAGUGUCCACUAGGGGUUGAAUGUCCAUUGGCUCACAGCAAAGAAGAAAUCGAUUACCACCCUCUUCUGUACAAAACGAAAAGGUGUGAAGAUUAUAUGCAAGCCAAAUGUAAUAGGUACUACUGUCCUAAUUUACAUGGCCUAGCGGAACAAAGAAAAAUAAAAGAGUACUUUAUCCCCUUUUGCAGCAAAAUAAAUAUCCCCCCUUACCCUAACGUUACCGUUGUCAGUAAAAUACAAUAUGGUUCAUUUAAAAGACAGAAUCAGGGAAGGAGUAGUGGCAAGGAGAUUACUUCAACAGAGCAAGGGUGUAACUCUUCUUCAUUUUCCUUUAACUGCUCACACGGCAAAAAUAAUAAUCAUUCUUAUAGGGGUGGAAACAGAAUGACAAUUGCCAAGGGGAAUAGAAGUGUCGACGUGAACUAUAACUCGAUUAGAAUACCCUACCAGGAGAAGAAACUCUCUUUACACGACACUCCAAAUAAUGAAAAAAGACGCAGCACCUAUUUCUAUGACCAACAUAUGAAUACCUACCAAAAUACCUUAACAAGGAAAAAAAAAAAAAAUUCCAUUUUCUCCUACCUGAACAACUAUGAUUAUAAGUACACGUUAUACAUAAACAUUUUGAAGAAAUUUAUGCACCUUUUCAACCUGGACAUAUCUGAUAUGGACUCAGGGGUGCACUUACCAGAGCAUUUCGCUACUCACUUGGAGGGCUACUUAUGGGGGAGCGACGACCAGGUGAAGAAGAACCCCUCUGCAGAGAACGCUACCUCACCCCACAUAUGGAACGGCACGGUAGGGAGCCUUCCCAAGGAGGACAACCACAACAGCUGCUACCACAACCACAACGCAGUGGAAGAGAAAACGGACAAGAAUAUUUUCCUGAACAAAAAAUACUGCCAUAUUUUAAAUCAUAUACUUAACAAGAAUCUGGAACUCACGAAAAACAAAAUAAGAGAAAAGAAUCACUCAGCCAAAAGUAGCUACACGGACAUAGACUACAUGCACAAGACGACCUCCAACGAUAGCAGCAACGUCUGCGCAUCUUUCACACAAUAUUUGAAUAACCAAAUCGUGGCCCCAGAGGAAGACGAUAACCAAACAUAUGAGAGCUUUUUAAAUUUGCUCACCCAUGUGUUGUGCUUGCUUUACUUUACCACUGACUCCAGGGCGCACUCAUCAUUCGACCUCUACACGCAUGAGCUGGCCAAGCGGAUUCACUGUGAGAGUAAAAAAAUGAGGGACAUGAGCAUGGAGAAGUACCUGGCCAGUGGCGUCAAGGAGCUGAUUUGA